CUGUGAUGGCCAAACUUCAGGGCUUUGAGUUUUGGAGGAAAACUCUGAAAGCAGCACGCUAUGUGGUGGCUCCCAUGGUGGACCAGAGUGAGCUGGCUUGGCGUUUGCUUAGCCGCCGACACGGUGCUCAGCUUUGCUACACCCCCAUGCUGCAUGCUCAGGUGUUUGUCCGUGACGCCAACUACAGGAGGGAAAACCUCUAUAAUGAAGUUUGUGAGGAGGACAGGCCUCUUAUUGCACAGUUUUGUGCCAAUGAUCCAGAGGUGUUCCUUCAGGCAGCUUUGCUGGCUCAGGAUUAUUGUGACGCCAUUGAUCUCAACCUGGGUUGUCCACAGAUGAUCGCUAAGAGAGGACACUAUGGAGUUUUUCUACAAGAUGAAUGGGACCUGUUGGAAAAAAUGGUCAGCUUAGCCAACGAAAAGCUCAAAGUGCCAAUCACGUGCAAGAUCCGUGUGUUCAAGGAGGUUGAAAAGACAGUCCGCUAUGCCCAGAUGCUCGAGAAAGCUGGAUGUCAGCUGCUGACAGUGCACGGCAGAACCAAAGACCAGAAAGGCGCCAUGACAGGUAUCGCUAGCUGGGAGCACAUAAAGGCUGUGCGGUGA